GAGAGGCAGAGGCUGGGAUGGGAGGCUGCAGCAGGCUGGAUGCUGGGGCCCUGCCUGUCCUUGCUGCUGGGUGCUCCUGUGGUCAGUGCACUCCAGGGACCGUCACUGCUGCUGUCCCCCAAGGAUAGUGGCACAGAGAAUGCCAGCUGGGGGUCCCAGGAAGCCCAGGAUAAUGAAUCCUCUGUGCACACAGUCUUCUUCUCCCUGGAUUAUCAGCACGUGCAGGUUCCCUUUGAAAUAACGCUCUGGAUCAUGCUAGCUUCUCUGGCCAAAAUAGCAUUUCAUCUGUUUAACAAGCUGCCGUCAGUUGUGCCUGAAAGCUGUUUAUUGAUAUUUGUGGGGCUCAUCAUGGGAGGAAUCAUCUAUGGCUUAAACGACAAGUCCCCACCAGUCAUGGACAGUGAUAUCUUUUUCCUCUAUUUAUUGCCACCUAUAGUCCUUGAUGCAGGGUACUUCAUGCCCAGCCGUCCCUUUUUCGAGAACAUUGGGACUAUUCUUCUGUAUGCUGUAGUGGGAACUAUAUGGAAUGUGUUUGGGAUUGGCUUCUCACUGUAUGGGAUAUGCCAAGUGAAAUCCUUUCACCUGCAGGAUAUAUCGUUGCUCCAUAAUCUCUGGUUUGGCAGUCUGAUUGCUGCAGUGGAUCCUGUAGCAGUGUUAUCUGUGUUUGAAGAGAUACAUGUCAAUGAAAAGCUUCACAUUUUGGUUUUUGGAGAAUCACUCCUAAAUGAUGCUGUUACAGUGGUGCUGUACAAGCUGUUUAGAUCCUUUUGCGAAAUGUCAACAAUCAAAACUGUGGAUGUGUUUGCAGGAAUUGGGAAAUUUUUUGUGGUUGGAAUAGGAGGGGUAUUGGUAGGCCUUUUAUUCGGGAUGAUUGCUGCCUUUACCACACGAUUUACCAAGAAUAUCCGUGUAAUUGAACCCCUCUUUGUCUUCCUGUACAGUUACCUAUCCUAUCUCACUGCAGAAAUGUUUCACCUCUCUGGUAUUGUGGCUAUUAUUGCGUGUGCCAUGGGCAUGAAACGUUAUGUGGAGGCGAACAUCUCUCUAAAGUCUCACACUACAAUCAAAUACUUUAUGAAGAUGUGGAGCAGUGUUAGUGAUACCCUUAUCUUCAUCUUUCUUGGGGUCUCUACCAUUGGAGACAACCAUGAGUGGAGUUGGUCUUAUAUUUGCUUUACCGUCAUUUUCUGUCUUAUUUGGAGAGCGCUAGGGGUUCUUGUAUUGACUUUCUUCGUGAACCGAUUACAUGUGAACACCGUUACCAGCAAGGAUCAGUUUAUUAUAGCAUAUGGGGGUCUUAGAGGUGCCAUCUGUUUCUCUCUGGUUUUCUUGCUCCCUGACUUCCCUAGAAAGAAGCUCUUCAUUGCAGCCACAACUGUAGUUAUUCUCUUCACUGUGUUUGUACAGGGAAUGACCAUCCGUCCUCUCGUUGACUUAUUAGAUGUGAAGAGAAAAAGAGAAAGUGCGCCCACGGUGGGAGAACAGAUUCACAUCCGGUUCUUGGAUCAUUUGCUGGCUGGCAUAGAAGAUAUAUCUGGACACUGGGGACAGUAUUACUGGAAAGACAAACUGGAAUAUUUCAACAGCAAGUAUCUUCAGAAGUUCUUACUCCGAGAGUAUGACCAGCCAAAAUCAAGUAUUGUGCUGCUCUACGAAAAGCUAGAGAGGAAACAUGCCAUUGAGCUAGUAGAAGCAGGGCAGUUAAUUCAUGAGCCGUCCCAUACAUCUUUGCUUGACAGCCACAGGUCUGCCACAAUGGUCAAAGAAUCGGACUCUCUGAAUCCAGAUGUGCUGGAAAAUAUACAGAAAAUAUUGGCAAGGAACCUAUACAAAAUAAGGAGAACAGUGCCAGCAUAUAACAGGCAUACGCUUCCUGGAGAAAGUGGGACAGCAGAGCAGGCAAAGGAGAUCCUGAUUCUCAGACACAGGAGCCUUCGAAUCCAUAUGAACAGAAGUGACUCUGAUCACUUUAGAAAGGAGAAGGAUGACUCCUAUUCUGCACAUCAUGGAUCUGACACAAAGCCUAAACUGCGCCGUUCCUUAACUGUAGGGGAUCCAGAAAGAGUACCAGGUAUGAAAUGCAACCGAUCAAAGUCUAUGACCUUCAGCUCACCUCCACAGCCUGGCAGCACUGAAUUGGUUAAUGAAGAAGAAGCAGGAAAAGGGUCACAUGCAGAAAUAGAAAUAUAUACAAAGGAGAGAUAGAGAAAGAAGUUUGCUGGACUGAGGUUCUCUUGCCCACAUAGCCACUGCACGUCUGCUGAGAACAGGCCCAAAAACCUGCUCCAGGUGAAAUAAGAACUAAUCUGAGUGUUUGUCCAUGCCAUGAAGAAAACCUGGACUAUUCCCCUGAGAAAAGUCUCCCUCCUCUUCCUUUUUGGUCAUGGUAACUGCAUGGUAACAGUCUGGGGGUUCCCAGCAAUGAUUCAUAGCACCUGGGAAGCUCCAAAUCCUGCAUCAGUAACAGGAGAAUACCAGAGCACAAUCACUUACAUAGACAGGUCUAGGCUAGCACUGUUUCUGCUGGAGGAAAGGCGGCAAAGCCUCCCUCAGAAGAUUUCCGCUCCUGCUGCUGCUACUCGGGCCUAGGGACAAAGAAAGCCUGAGUGAGGAGGCUCUUCCCAAAAGAUUUUUGGAAGAGAGUAGUCCUCAGAGGUUCUGCUAAAAAGUGCUGCUGUCAGGGAAGGAAGGGGGAUAUCCUUAUAGCACAGGCAGAGGUUAAGGGGAGAACUGAAGGGGCAGAGUGUGAAGAUAGAGGAAGUGGGAAACCUCGAUAUUUUGGACAAUUCUUAGAAACUCCAGAUAUGCAUCCAAACCUUGGAGUUUUGCUUUACCAAAUCAAACCAGAUCUCCAAAUAUGUUAGGUUCGCCCAUCACUAACAUCAGUCCUUUUCCUUCUCUGCCUAUUAAUUUGCACAAUAGAAGGUAUGGGGAGUUUAACAAAACACAAGUAAAUAAAUAGAUCCUUUAUGAAAAAAAAUUAUAAAGAAUGUACCAAAGACCUCAGUCCUCUUCUACAUGGCACAAUUGGACUUUCACAGUCUUUAUCCUCCACGUACAGUAUUAUUCCACUGGGAAACACUGUACCACUAAACCAGAUGCAUAAUUCAUUUUUUAGUUAAUCACACCUUACUGAUUAUAAUUAUUUUUCAAAGAUUUGGGGCCUGUUUCUCAUUACACUAAGGCCCUUUCACAGUGAUCUGGCAGUGAAAAAGGCUUGAAAGCAGACUAAAUAAACUUAAUUUACUUCCUUUUUAAGGCUCUUUUUUUACACUGACCAAUCCAUAUAAAAUGGCUUUAAUGCAAAUGAGAAGCUGACACUUUAGCUUUAAUUUAAUCUGGAUCUGCUUUAUAUUUUAUUUUAUAUAUAUGUUGUGUGUAUAUAUAGCUAGAAUAUGCAGUCAUAGGAGAAAAAGAGUGGGUUAGUGGAUUACAGAUUGUUGUAUGCAGUAUUAAUGGGCCACUCUACCUUGAAUAGUCCCUUAUAAUAUGUGCUCACUACUUAUAAUAUGUGCUAAACAAACUGUUCCACCUUGCAUUCUGCUGUCAUACCUGAAGAAGAUCUCUCUGUGGCUUGAAAGCUUGUCUCUCUCACCAACAGAAGUUGGUCCAAUAAAGAUAUGACCUCACCCACCUUGUCUCUCUAAUAUCCUGGGACUGACAUGGCUACAACUACACUGCUUUGUUUAUUGACACUAGUAAUCAUGUACAUGUGCAUGUGAGAUGAGAAAAAUCAGAAAGCUAACAUUUUGAAGGAGGCAUGUUCAUUUACAACUGAUAUCUCUGUUUUGAUUAAUUAGUGAAUGAAUUUUAAUAAAUGGUGAGUUCUGCCUUUUUUUUACCUAUAGUUUAAUUUUUACAUUGUUUAAAUUACUGUUUACAUUUUACAUGGUAUGUAUAAUUAUAUAAAGGUUUACCAAGGUGGACAUUUUCAGGUUUUUUAUCUGGAGAGCAGAAAUGCAGAGAAUUUGGUAUUUGAGCUAAAAAAUGUUGGAACCGAAGAAUGGAAACUUUUGAAACCUUUUGGCUGAUUUAUUGGUAUCUGUAGUGAUGACCGUAUCAUCUUUAUGUCUUGUGAGGUACCUAGCACAUUUUUGGGUACUGGAUAAAAAAAUAAAGAAUGAUUUUUUUCUUUUAAAUUAUGAUUUCCAUGUCUUGUCAAAUAACUUAUCUGUGGUAGUAUUGGGCAAGAAGCCUAUCAAAUGGGCGAUUUUUCACCAGUUUUGAAUUUCUUUCCAAAGCUGCAAUAUAUGGUUAAUAGAACUAGUCAGGAAUUUUCUGUGGGAAUGAUUUUCUGACAGAAAAUUAAAUUUUUGCAAAAUUGAAAUUUUCCAUGGAGGACAAUCAAUUUUGCUCCCAAAUUUUCAUUUGUCAUCAGGAAUAUCUAAAUAAAAUAUUUGUUUUGGGUUGGUGAAGAACAUCAGAAUGGCCAUACUGAUUCAGACCAAUGGUCUGUCUAGCCCAAUAGCUUGUCUUCCAACAGUAGCCCUUGCCAGAUGUUUCAGAAAGUGUCAAUCUAAGCGCUCCUGUAUUCACACCUACACACUACUGUAAUGAUGUCUGUAGAAAAUAUGCGUUGUAAGGUAUCAUUUGAAAACUAACAGCACGCUGGUCAUUAAUAUAAAUGCAUGUGUUAACCUUAUAUGAGAAGUAAUGAAUUAUCUCUGUAUAAUGUUACUAGAACCUAUUUAAGAAGACAGCCUAUCCUAGGUAAAGGUGAUAGACAGAGGGAUGUGGAUUAACCCUAAUUUACAUAUUAGCUUUAAACAAAGCUAUCGAAAAACCAGUGGGGCUGUCUUGUGCCUGAACUCGAGAGACAGAGAAUUAAUAUGGCUUCUGCACCCCAGAGAGACACAGACGAUGGAAUCCCCCAGGAGCCUUCCUAACUUUGAGAACAAAGACAAUUCUUUGGGAAUAAAAGGUCCAGAGAGAGACUCCAUAUUUAUCUUUCACCUAAAAAGACAAGGGAAACCAGUACCUUGUAGUUCUGUGGAAGGUACUGACUGAGAGACAGUCAGCCAUGCUGGACAAAGAAUAAUUGGUGAGAAAAACCAUCUUAAACUAAGACUGAACCUUGCAAGAUUAAGUUUUAGAAUUUUAGAUGUGUGUUUUCAAUUUUAUUUGCUUUUGAUGAUCUCUGCCUUUAUUUCCUUUACUUGGCAUCACUUAUCCUAUGUCCUUCUGUUAAUAAACUUGUUUUAUUUUAAUCUAAACCAACCCAAUGCUGUGUUUUGAAUUGAAGUAAUUGUUAACUCCAGUUAAUGUGGCCAGCUGCUGGUAUUGUCUCUUUAAAGGAGCAAACAAACAGUAUUAUUUCUCCAGUAUUUGCCAACCCCAAGUGUUGAAAAAUUAUGAGUCAAGUGCACCAAAAAUCA